AUGACGUUCACACAGGCUCUCGGGAGCUUCACCAAGCGUGCAGGAGGAAAAGAAGAAGACCCGACCGCUGGUCUUGAGAACAUCGACGUCCAACACUACUUGGGCAACAUCUGGUGGAUCUUUGUCAUCGUUUUCACGCUCUACCAAGUCGUCCUCUUCUUCGCUCGGUACAUCCGUACUGUAGCAUGCCUCAGCAACGAUACUCAGAGGUAUUUCUCGAUUCCCAACACCUGGUAUGCCCGUUUCAAGAAGUCUUGUCUUGACGCGCCUCUCUGGCGCACCCGCCAUCACCAGGAGUUCAAGUUGUCCAAGGCCAUUGGUAUUGGAACACUUCCCAGUCGAUUACAGUCAUUCUUCCUCAUAGGCUACUGCGGUGUCAACAUCGGCUUCUGCGUCUGGAAGAUCGAUUACAGCAGCUACACAGCUGGCGCUUCGGAACUUCUUAGUCGUGCUGGCAUCAUGUCGGUCAUCAACAUGAUUCCUCUGUUCAUUCUCGCAGGCCGCAACAACCCCAUCAUUUGGCUCACUGGUAUCUCUUUCGACACCAUGAACUUGAUCCAUCGCUGGUUUGGACGAAUUGUGAUUCUCGAGGCCAUUGCGCACACUGUUUGCUGGAUCGCGAUCAAGGUUCACACCAAGGGCUGGGCUGUUGUACAGGCAUCGAUCACUGGUAGCGAAUUCAUUAUGACUGGUUUCAUUGGCACUGUUGCGUUCGUCUUCCUUCUGAUUCAGUCUCCAUCACCAGUCCGACACUCGUUCUACGAGGUUUUCCUGCACGGCCAUAUCGUUGGCGCUGCGCUGGCUCUCGGCGCCGUGUGGGUGCACCUCAAGGAACGCCCACAGCAGCUUAUGCUGUACGGCGUCGUUGCAAUCUGGGCAGCUGAGCGAUUUCUUCGCCUCGCCCGUCUCAUCUUGCGCAACGUUGGAAACGGCGGUACCAGCGCCGAUAUCGAGGUCCUCCCCGGCGAUGCCAUGCGUAUCACGGUUCGCAUGGCUCGCCCAUGGGGUUUCAGACCAGGUCAACACGCGUACCUAUACAUGCCUUCUGUUGGACUCUGGACCAGUCAUCCAUUCUCUGCUGCUUGGAGCGAAGAGGAGGAGGACCUCCACACGAUUUCCGCAAUUGCAGACGAGAAGGGGCUUCCUAUGAAUCGCACCGAUGUUCUCGAGAAGCAGAAGACCAGUGUGUCAUUUGUUGUCCGCCGAAUGACUGGUUUCACAGACAAGCUCUUCCAGAAAGCGAAUGCGGCUGGCGGCAACCUGUCAACCCGUGUCUUCCUUGAGGGUCCUUAUGGUGGCGAGGAUCUCAGUUCAUAUGGUACCGUCAUGCUUUGGGCUGCAGGUAUCGGUAUCACUCACCAGGUUCCUCACGUACGUGACCUGGUUGCUGGUUACGCCAAUGGCACCGUUGCCACCCGCCGCCUCACACUUGUUUGGAUCAUCCAGACUCCUGAGCACCUAGAGUGGAUUCGACCAUGGAUGACUCAGAUCCUUUCUAUGCCCCGUCGUCGCGAGAUCCUAAAGAUCCUACUCUUUGUCACCCGUCCACGGAACACAAGGGAAAUCCACUCGCCAUCUUCCAGCGUUCAAAUGUUCCCCGGUAGACCGAACAUUCAAAACCUCGUCGAUCAGGAGAUGCAGGAGGGUAUCGGUGCUGCUUGUGUCAGCACUUGUGGCACUGGUGGUCUGGCUGAUGACCUUCGCCGCGCCGUUCGCAACCGUGAGUUGACCUGGAAUGUCGAUUUCCGCGAGGAGUCUUUCUCGUGGUAG